GUGCAGUUUGGUAGUAAAUGGUUCUUGUUCGUAAUGGAAGUUGACACUUUGCCCGAGACAAAAGCUUUGCGGGCGGAAGCUGAAGAAGUCGCUGCUGUGUCUAAGAAUAAUAGUUCAGCGUUCGAGGUCAUUGUUCAGCCGGAUGAUAGCAGUGAACCACUGGAAACUGUACCUUUGAGAUCUGUUCCUAAGUCCGGGCGUAUUUGGAAAAAGGUUAAAGACUCGAAGUUUUCGGCCCUGGUGAAAGACAAAGGAGUGCACACUUCCUGGAAGAAAAAGCAGGCUCUGCGUGAGGAACUGGCACUAGCGAAAUCGCUGGAACAACAGAUUUGUGACCAGAAACGCAAAAUGGUCGAAAGUAAAAAGGCGGCCAGGGAAGAGCAUGAAAAGCGACGAAUCGCGAACGAACAAAAGGCCGAAGUCGUAGUUCCGUCUGCUCGGAAGCUCAUGGUAAUCGAGUAUGACGACGAAAAAGGAAAAUUCUGUAAUUCAUUGGUAUGA